AUGUCCAACUAUAAUAUAUAUGUUACGAAUAACAGCGGAUCUGUUCAAUCAUAUUAUGUGGUUUGUGAUGUUCCCAAGAUAACGAAUCUUUCCGAUACAUCGAUCAAGCCCUUCGGAGUCAUUUAUAUUGCUAGUGUUCCCAUUCAAGGUGAUGGCUCGACUUAUACAUUUACAUUCGGGGACGAUAUAUUUGCAUGCUGCGGUUACCAACAGCUCCAAGAUGGGACGAUCGUAUCCACCAUCGACAACGCCGCCAUGGAUCUCAACGGUGUUCAGAACAAUAUUGCCAAUAUGGUUAUCAACAACGGUGGGCCUGGCUUUGCAGUUAGCUCACCAGGUGCUGAGUCUGGCACUUUUGAGAUCAUUGUGCCAAAUUACGACUCGACGAAAUAUCAUGAGGUCUGGUGCGGGCUUGGUAUGACUAAACCUCUUUAUAGUGCUUUGUCGGAUGCAGGUGGUACAGAGAACGCGGUGCCUGGAGUCAGGGCCUGUGCUUGCUGGCAAGCACAAUCUGCUGCGAAAUAUCAGGUCACCCCUAUGCCAAGAUUCUCCGUGGUCACGGGGGAAUUUGAAGUGGAACAAGUGAUUGAUAUAAAUGGGGUUGGGGUUGACGUCAAAAUUGAUUUUUUCAGGCCAGGGUAA